AUGCUCCAUUGGACAGCGACAGUUCCAUCCCUCAAGCGCACACGAAUUUGGGGUAAUAGGCUCAUGCUUCAGCAUCAUGCAUACCAGCGGUGUGAGGCGUACUGUGUAGACAAUGCCUGGGGCCCAGGGCCGGUAUCUGGGAAGGGCAUGUACCAACGGAGUUGGCUGACCCCCAAUUGGAGGAGGGAUCUGCUGACUUCUGCAGCUCCAAUUGAGGUUAUCUCUUGUUCUAGCCUUACUCCCCUGCCCCCUCCAACGGAAGGCCACCAGCCUACGCCUCCAGGAGCAGCCAAUCCCGCUGCUCAGGGGUCGCUGCUGCCAGACACAGCCCCACCGAAGACAGAGAAGGUUUCGUCUGUUUCGUCAGCAGAUACGUCUACUGGUGGCAUUGGAGAGAUUCAGUCGGUUGAAAUUGACGCAACACUAGACGGCAUUAGUCGAGAAGGGCUGUUGCAGCUUCUGCAGGAGCUGCAGCAGCAAACGCCUGAACUACUACGACUUCUCCCCACCCAAAACACUUCAUCUCUCGAGAGUUUGUCAACUAAGGAGCUCCGAGGUCUUGUAGAGCAGCUUUUAAACCUAGCGGAGGCAGCGGACGUGCACGGAAAUCCUGACCGUGUAAGUGUGAACUCCCAGGUGUCCUCCACAUCACCGUCAGGCAGUGAGAUGAAGUCACAGCGCACGCAGGCCGCACCGCAACCCCAACCUCAAAAGAAGCAAGAGGACAGCAGAGACCAACAGAGAAAAGAGAAGCGGAAGACAAGGGAACGUGAGCAGAACGAUCUGCCGCAGAAGGACAGUGGGGCGGGUGUUCCAGUCCAAAGCUCCCUCUCCCAAGCUGCUGCCACCGCAACUGCUGCUGCUUCUGCUGCUGCCGUCGAAGCUCAGCAGCUACUAGAAAUGGGCUUCUCAGAGGAAGAGGGAGAAGGGCUGUUUUCUGCGUUGCAGGAGCAGCUUCCGGUGCUACCGGAAUCCGACAUCUUGGACCUUCUUGUCACAAUGGGCCCUGUACUUCAGGCGUUGCUUCCUCCUGAAAGUUCUCCACAAGAUUAUCCAUCUUUAGAGCAGCACCAGAGGCAGAAAAAUGAGCAGCAAGGUAGUACAGUAGAUUCUGUGAGAGAGCUGUUAGACGCAACGGCGCAAGAGCGACAAGCCCUGGCGGCAGAGGGUGUGGCCAUAAGGAGGUUCGUAGAGGCGAAGGUGGAGCCUUUGUCGUGGGAGGCUAGGAAAGACCUGCUGCUAACACUUCUAGCAGUUGCUGAGGCUGAGGCAUAUUGCCCGAAGGAGCCUGAAGUACGUCAGCUCUUGGGGCUAGACGACGCGGGUGCGGUAGUGACUUCAAGCGCCUCUGCGGCUGGUGCUGCUGCUGACAGGAAUGGAGCUGAGCAAUCAGACAGCAGGGCUUUCGGCGGGCUUCCGGUGGUGUCAGCAUGGCGUCGGCUGCUGCAGCUGCCUGAGAACGCCCUUCGCGGUGAAAAUUCUCUCUCUGCGGAGGAGGCAGAUGCCCUUAGCGUUGAGGAGGUCAAGCUGCGUUAUUCCCGCGUUAUCAAGCAAGCCAAAGAAGAGAGCAUCAAGGCUUCGAUCAAGCGCUGCGAAUACAAGGAGCAGGAUGAGAGCUCUGUGGAAGGGCCAGAACUACCUGCAGAAAGCCUUGUGGGCACCAGCGCAUCUCAAAGGACUAUAGGAAGCAAACCACCGACCAAAGCAAGUUCUGCAAAGCCUCAAGACUCAGAAGACUCUAAGCAUUCAGUGCGGCAACUUUCCGACAGUGACUGCCUUGGCCGCAGGCUCAAUGCAUGUUCCUCAGCCCCCACUACGGGCGCAAAUCUGGGGGCCGCUGUGCGGGACUCCAUAGUAACGGCAUCAAGUGCUUCUGAGUCUCCCAUGGGAGGCAAGGAGUUCCAAAAAGCAGUUAUAGCUGCUGGAAGACCCAGCAGUGUGGUCCGCCCAGCGAGUGUAGGAGUAUCGAUAGGAAAAAAUAGUUCAGCAAUCCAAAGUGGACGUGGCGAUGACCCACCCAUUCAAGAAGGGGACCUCCUAGAUCCUUCGCGAAAACCAGAAAAAGCCCUCGGAGGUCACUUAGAUGCCGAAGACAGUGGAGACACUUCUGACUGGAGGAGGCUAAGAAAGCUGCCAGGCGGCGCUGGUCGGUUCGCUGCCUUGGGGUUGAAUGAUGUUGUGAGCUCUGCAGCAGCAGCUUUCUUGGGAGGAACGGCGCCCAGGCCGACUCCAACCCAGCGGCUCGUCGUACCUCCCAUAUUAGAGGUCUUCAAAAAAGCCGAGAGAAAAUCAGGGAUGAUGGUGGGCAAAUCAUCUGUGGACAGUUUGGUGGCUCUGCGGGCGCAUACAGGAAGUGGAAAGACACUUGCAUUCUUGCUGCCGCUGAUGCAGGCGUUGCGAGAACAAGAAGCGGCAGCUACUGCUGCAGCGAAGCGGAGUGCGAAAGAUGAGGUGGAAUACGCAGACCUGAUGGAUUGCAAGGCCCUGGCGGAGACCCUUGAAGUGCAUAGGGGGGCACACAGAGCGCUCUUCGGAGCGAGAGGCCCACGCGCGCUUGUGAUUUGCCCUUCAAGGCCCCUGGCUUCCCAGGUAGCUUCUGUUGCAGCUGCGCUUGCAAAGCGCAUUAGGCUUUCUGUAGGUUGCACUACGGGCGGGGUCGGAACUGGGGACCAGCUUCGGUUAUUGCGGCGUCGCCCAGUAGACAUCCUCAUUGGCACUCCAGAUCGCUUAUUAUGCCUAACGCGUCCCAAUCCUAUGGAGAGCAGAACAUGCGGGACCGGAGAGAGGAUAGAUCGUACACAGAGAACCAGCGGGCGGUUGGUGAGUCUCGAAAAUGUGCAGUUCUGCAUUCUGGACGAGGCAGACGCAUCGUGGCUUGGAGGUUUUAGAGACGAUGUUGAGAAACUGCUCUUGCGUUCCCACUUCCUCCAUGCAGUCUCACAACCUGUGGGGGAACAGGAGACGAGAUGGGUUCAACCGAAAGUCCUGUUAACCUGCACGGCUACGCCUAAUAGUGGGGUAGAGGGGGGGCUGUGUGAACUGCUAGAGCUGCCGGCUGAGAGGGUACUUACUCUUUCAGGAGGCCCUUCCUUUCCCCCCCAGACUCAGUUGUGCCAUGAGAUGAUGCAGGCUCGUGGGGCCGACCGUUUCCUGUUGCUAGUCGAACAAAUAAAAAUCCAUCCACAGCUGCGGGGCAAAAAGAUUUUGGUGUUCUGCAACACAGUCGACAGCUGCCGUGCCUGCUGCCACCACCUGCAAGCGGCCGACCUUCCUGCAGAGGUACCCGAGAUCGUCUCCAGGCAUCGGCCCUUUUUGCUGUCUGAUCAUGCGAUGCAGGGCUAUGACGGCUCUUUGCCUGCUAGCGUGCGAGAGAAGAAUCUGCGUUCAUUUCAAGAAGGAAGCGGCCAGCGAAUUUUGGUGGCUACGGAUGCUGUAGCACGCGGCCUGCACAUUGGUGGAGUGGAUGCCGUCGUCAAUGCAGACUUCCCCCUAACGACAGUGGAGUACUUGCACAGGGCCGGACGAACUGGCCGACUCGAUUCCAAAGGGUUCGUGCUCUCCUUCGUCUCAAAGAGGGAUGCAGCCGUUGCAGCGGCUGUCAGGGCAUCUCUCUCUGCGGGUCUUUCCACCGAAGGAAUAGAUGGACGCGUUCCAAGACCCAAGAGUAGCGUCGGGUAUCAGUGUGAGCCAUUACCAGACUGCCGGCUUUACCACUAUAGUCAAGUGGCCCAUGCUCCGAUGGCCGUACGCCCUGCUUCGCUGCGGCUGGAUGGUUGUUGA